UCGCUUGUGCCAGCGCCGCCCGCAGCCGCCCGCGGGGGCGCGAGGGGGCGGCAGGCGCCUCCCUCCAUCGCUUCCCCUCACCCAGCGCUGCAGGCGGACAUGGCGGGGGGGCUCGGGCCGCUGCUGCGGGGCCGCAGCCGGCAGCUCGGCAGCGUUGCCUUUGGGUUGCAGAAAUGGAAAAGCUCUGUCUCCCUACAAGCAAAAAUGCCUCCUUGUGACUUUGUACCUGAAAAAUACCAAUCCUAUGCAUAUGACCAUAUGCUGAAGAUCCGUGAACGAAAUGUCUCUCCUUCCCUGGUAACGUAUUACAAGAAGCCGUUGUUGCUGCAUCAAGGAUAUAUGCAAUGGUUGUUUGAUUAUGAAGGACGAAGAUACCUUGAUCUCUUUGCUGGAAUUGUUACAAUCAGUGUUGGUCAUUGUCACCCGAAGGUAACUGUGGCUGCCCAGAAACAACUUGCUCGCCUUUGGCAUACCACUAAUAUCUACAUGCACCCAUCAAUCCAGGAAUAUGCUGAGAAGCUAACUUCACUUCUCCCAGAUCCGCUUAAGGUGGUUUAUCUGACCAACAGCGGAUCAGAAGCCAAUGAUCUGGCAAUGUUCAUGGCAAGGAUAUAUACUCGUAACUUUGACAUCAUCUGUUUCAGAGGAGGAUACCAUGGAGGCAGCCCUUACACGCUGGGAGUGACAUCUCUUGGUCCUUAUAAGCAUGGCGUUGCCAAUGACUUUGGCUGCUCAGCAACAAUGUUGCCAGAUGUUUUUCGUGGUCCAUGGGGAGGCAGCCAUUGUAGAGAUUCUCCAGUGCAAACAAUUCGAAAAUGCAGCUGUUCUGGAGGUGUGUGUCAUGCAAAAGACCAGUACAUUGAACAGUUCAAAGAUACUCUGAAUACCUGUGUGCCAAAAAAAAUAGCUGGAUUUAUCGCUGAACCAAUUCAAGGUGUUAAUGGAACUGUUCAGUACCCAAAAAGUUUCUUAAAGGAAGCUUAUCAGCUAGUACGGGAAAGAGGAGGCCUUUGUAUUGCAGAUGAAGUACAGACAGGAUUCGGACGGACAGGCAGCCAUUUCUGGGGCUUUCAAACACAUGACGUACUCCCUGACAUUGUUACUAUGGCAAAAGGAAUUGGGAAUGGUUUUCCAAUGGGAGCUGUUGUUACAACAAAAGAGAUUGCAAGUUCCUUGGCUCAGAACCUUCACUUUAAUACAUAUGGAGGAAACCCUGUGGCCUGUGUAGUUGGAGCUGCAGUUCUUGAUGCUAUUGAAGAAGAUGGUCUACAAAAAAACUGCGAGGAGGUGGGAACAUACAUGCUACUAGAGCUCGCUAAACUACGGGAUAAGUUUGAAAUCAUUGGAGAUGUCCGUGGCAAGGGACUUAUGAUUGGGAUAGAAAUGGUGACAAAUAAGGGCAGUUGCCACCCUCUUCCAAACGAAGAAAUCAAUCAGAUCUGGGAGGACUGUAAAGACAUGGGGGUACUGAUUGGCAGAGGAGGACUCUAUCGUCAGACAUUUAGAAUUAAACCUCCCAUGUGCAUUACUAAAAGGGAUGCAGAGUUUGCUGUAGAAGUAUUUCAUACUGCAUUAGAAAGACACAUGAAAAGAGCAGCUGAAAAAUAGACUGGAUUUGGUUCCUUGCACAGAUGAUGCUCACUGAACCCCUGAUAUCUGCCAUCCAAUCUCUGCACUAAUCCUAUAAUUAAACUACAAUGGACAAGAAGAAUCAUAGGCUGGAGUGGAAGUACUUGUUCAGCACAAUAAGAUUAUUCUUACACAUCAGUCUUGAAAGAAUAAUCUGUUUUGUAAACAUACAGUUCUGCAGUAGUGUUUUGUAUUUGUUACAUACCUUUUCUAGUGUUGGUAUAAAAAAGACCCCAGAUUGUAUUAACCUGGUGCCAGAGUAAGUGGAAGACAUUAUCUGUUCAUUUUGCAUCUAUAAAACUCAUGUCAUGGCUGUUACCACAUUAAGGCUAGGAUUGUGUCUUCACUAGGACUUAAGAGCUGACACAACUACAUGUUUAAAUUAACUUUAAGUUUAUAGGCAGCAGUAAUUUUUAGAAAACAGUGUGACAGAUAAAGUAAAACUGUCCUUACAUAAUAAACUUUCUUUGGAUUUCAGUAGCACAUAGUGAAUAGCUUUAACAGACCUCAACAGCAACCAUUUCCAGUUGUCUAGACUAAAGUAUAAACAUUUGUAAAACAGACGAAUUAUAAGUUUUUUUUUUUUUUUAACUUCCUUAAAUAAGAAAGAACAAACUAAUCAAAGUCAAGAGGUAAUACUGCAGGGUAAGCUUUCCCCCUUUGCUUACUCUCAUAUAAAUGAAGUCUCACAUCAUGGGGCAAUCUCAGGAUGUGAGCCAUCCUGAGCAGAACAUAACUGCAGAUUUCAAACAAAGUUAAAAUUGUUUACUUUUACUGCAAGGAUACACUGUAAUUAGAGCAAGGAAAAAUCUGUAUGCACAUAAACAGAAACUUUUCUAAUUACUGUAAUUACUUUUAACAUGGGGCUCUAAUCCUAUCAACACCCUCUCCAACAAGUGCUUUUCUUUUCCUCCUGCCCAACUAAGUUGCUGCUUUGGGGAUUAUCUAGUAGCCAUUUAACAAGGGCAUAAAGCAUGGCUGAUGAAAUAAGGUGCACUGUUUGUUUCUUAUAUAAAUCAUAUUUGUUUAAAAAAAGUUUUAGUUCAUUACUUCCUUCAGGCACCAAAAAAAAUGAAAGUGGUAACUGCAUAUCUGUCAUUUCACUUUGAUUACAAUUGUAAAGUUUGCAUCAUUUUGUAAGCCAAUAAAGUCACUAUGCUAACUUUG